CGCCGCCGCUUUCAAUUUGUGCGAAACUGUGGAAACUUAUAAACCAAUCAAACGAUGCGAGGUAACGAUUGGUUCUGAAUCGACCAAUCAAAGUCGCGACCACACAAUAACUGGUUCAUCCACGUCCAUCGCGCAACAAGAUGGUGAAGAAGAAGACCAAGUCGAAGCGCCUGUCGUUGCACAAGAAGUACAAGAUCCUGCGCAAGGUGCGCGAGCACAAGCGAAAGGAGCGAAAGAACGAGCGCAAGGGCGUUGGCAAGAAGAAGAAGACACCCGGAAUCCCCAACAACUGGCCGUUCAAGGAAGAGUUGCUCCUCCAGGAAGAACAAGCGCGCCUUGCGGAAAUUGAGCGACUUGAAAAGCUCAAGACCCAGCGCAAGGCCGAAAAGGCGGAAAAGAAGAAGGCAGAGAAACGCAUCAUCGACGGCCUUGCACAAGUGCCCACGCUCACGCCGCUGUCCGUGAAACAACGUGCCCAAGCUGACCUCAAGGCGGCUGUGACCAAGGCCGACCUCGUCGUGAUUGUCCUGGACGCCCGCGACCCUCAGGGAUGCCGUGCGUUGAGUUUGGAAGACGGUCUCAUUGGCCACGGCAAAAAGGACAUCCUGCUCGUGCUCAACAAGGCGGACUUGAUAUCUCGCGACACUGCGGAAAAGUGGGUAACUUACCUCCGUCGCUUCCACCCGACCGUCGCGGUCCGCGCCGCCGACAAGUCAAUCAAAGACGUGACCCGCAAGACACAGUCCUCUUCAUCUCUCACAAGUGCCGCGCUUCACGCCCGCGCUCAAGAACUGUCGACUCUCCGCGACAACGGGUUCGUGGACCCGUUGGCGCAUGCGCUCGACGACUACGUGCGCUCCAAGAAGCUGGCCCCAAACACUUUCGUGAACGUUGCGUUGGUCGGGUAUCCGAACGUCGGCAAGAGUACUUUAUUCAACUCGCUCAAGCGCAAGUCGAUUGCCCACGUGUCUUCGAAACGUACGUGUGCCGCCACCCUCCUUCCGCUGCAAUGGUUUCAAACUUGUUUUGAUGUAGCCCACACGACCAAAGCCCUGUCCGAAGCCCAACUCGGCGAACACAUUCACCUGAUUGACACACCUGCGCUGGAAACUGCAUUUUGCGACCCCGCCAACGUUCUUGUCAAGUUUGGCCUGGCCGAGGAGUACACAAUGGAGCCUGUGGAAGCCGUGGACUCGGUCUUGGCCCGCGCGGACAUGUGGAAUGUUAUGCAAAUCACGGCGGUCGGCGCGUACAAGUCGACAGAGGACUUUUUGAAGAAGUAUGCCGUGAAGAAGCAGUUGACGCGCAAGGGAGGCGAUGCAGACGUGCUUUUGGCAGCGCGAUCGGUGCUCCAGGCACUGACUCAUGGCGGGCUCCCAACCAUGACUCUGGCCCCGUCGCAGUCCAAGAGCCGAUUCGACCUGCCCAAGUGGUUUGCCAUGGACCCUGUCGCCGAGCUCGAACAAAAGUUGUACGCGACCAACCCACUCGCGAAAACGUCGUCGUACUUGACGCUCAAGUGCCAAGGAUCGAGCCAUCGCACGGGCGAAACCACCGAGUACGAUGUCGUCAUGGGCACGCUGAAGUUUGAAGACUUUGAGCACGAUGAAGAGGAUGACGAGGACGUCAAUGACGAAGAAGAUGAGGACGAGGACAGCGAAGAAGUAGACGACGCAGAGGUGGAAGAGGAAGAUGACGUCGAGGACGUGGACGACGUAGAGGAGGAAGAAGACGAUGACGUUGUGGAAGUUCCGCCGCCGAAACGAGGUGCCAAGAAAGCUGCUCCUACGAAGAUUGCUGCCAAACAGGUCGCGGCCUUGUCUGCGAAAAUGGCAGCAACUUCAGAAAAGAAGGUUGGAAAGAAAGCAGCAGCUACGAAAGACGUCCCGCCCGAACCCAAAGAGAGGAAAUCGAACACGCCAGAUAUGAUGGAAGCCCCUAAGGUAGAAGCGAAGAAACGGGCGAAGAAGGAAGCUGUGAAGGAACUCGUGGCCACCAAGAAGGCGCCCGUGGCGAAAGUUGCUGAGAAGACAUCUAUGACCAAGAAAGCACCUACGUCGAAGAAGGAGACUGUCGUGACCAAGAAGGAAACCAAUGCAGAGAAGAUGGAGGUAGCUGCUCCGUCCCGGAAGCGUGGAGCGGCCUUAAUUGAAGAGUCCUCCCGUCGAAACCCCAAGCGUGCGACGCGCACUUCAGCCAAAUAAAGAACUUGUUAAUGGACCACAUAUAUUCUACUUGAAAA